AUAGCCGGAGGGAGGGAUGGCUGAAUAACGAGGAGAGAAACACCCACUCCGGACUGAACGAAUUGUAUCCGGAGAGAAGGAGUGAGAGAAAGGAAGAGGGGAAGAAAGAGUGAGAAGAAAGAGGAACCCUUUGGGAGGCAGAAGCAGGAGCGGUCUUUGGUAUUCACGGGAUUUCCUUUGGGGGAUAAAAGGACGCCUUGAAUUGAUGACUGGAGAGGUCUAGACUGCUGGUUUUGAGGAUGUUGUCAAUGGGGCAGAUCAGUUGGUGUUUGUGGGCUCCACUGGUGUUACUGGUCCUUGUUUCCUAUUACCCCAGUAAGGCACAGGGUCAAGUUCCAGCUCCGAGGAAGCUGCGUUUCAAAGUGCUGAGCUCAAGUAAACUCCUGGUUUCAUGGAAGGAGCCCAAAGGAGACUUUGACAGCUAUCUGUUUUUCUACAAAAGUACCCCAGGUGGUCAGCAGAGGGAGAUCAUAGUAUCUAAAUCAGACACCAGCGUGUUAAUAACAGACUACAGUCCUUCUAAAGUCUACACUUUCAGUGUUAUCGCAGUCAGCGGCAACAAGCAGAGCAGACCACUUCAGGGCAGAUUUAAAGGUGAAAGAAAUGAGAGUGACAAGACUGAGUCCCAGAGGUUCACCGAUUCAGCUGCUCCUCCGAGGAACGCCAAUGAGAUCUCUGGAGUUGACCAGUUUGUGUGUCACACUGAGGCUAUUGCGGAUAUUGUGAUCCUGGUGGACGGCUCCUGGAGUAUUGGCCGACUAAACUUCAGGCUGGUCCGUAUGUUCUUGGAAAACCUGGUCAAUGCCUUUGAUGUUGGCAUUGAUAAAACAAGGAUAGGUCUCGCACAGUACAGUGGUGAUCCCAGGAUUGAGUGGCAUUUAAAUGCUUUCUCAACUAAAGAUGCAGUCGUUGAUGCUGUCAGGAACCUGCCAUACAAAGGAGGAAACACCCUCACAGGUCUUGCAUUGACUUUUAUCUUGGAGAACUGUUUCAAGCCUGAAUCUGGUGCAAGGCCUGGAAUACCCAAGAUUGGGAUCCUGAUCACCGAUGGAAAGUCCCAAGAUGAUGUUAUACCACCAGCAGAGGAACUGAGAAAUGCUGGUGUUGAACUGUUUGCUAUUGGUGUAAAGAAUGCCGACGAGAAUGAGCUGCGCUCCAUCGCAUCACAACCGGAGAGCAAUCAUGUCUACAAUGUGGCUGACUUUAACGUCAUGAGCUCUAUUGUAGGGGGGCUAACAAAAACAGUGUGCAAACAGGUGGAGCAGCAGGACAAAGACAUCAAGCAGAAACAUAUACCAGAGACAACGGGAAUGCCGCUUGACCUAGUGACAUCAGACGUCACGGCCCAAAGCUUUCGGGUUUCAUGGAGCCAUUCCCCCGGAAAUGUAGAGAAAUACAGAGUUGUUUAUUAUCCCACUCAGGGAGGAGACCCAGGAGAUCCACAGGAGGCUGUAGUGGUCGGGAGUGAGUCUUCAGUGGUGUUACAGCAUCUUAGCGCCCUCACUGAAUACCAACUGGCUGUGUUUGCUGUGUAUGCAAACAAGGCGAGUGAAGCUCUGAGAGGAUCAGAAACAACGCUGGCUCUUCCCACAGUCACCGGCCUCCAGCUGUUUGAUGUGAGUCACAACACCAUGAAAAUAAGAUGGAACAGUGUGGAUGGAGUCUCUGGCUACAUGCUGCUUUAUGCACCUCUGACAGAUGACUUGGAUGAGAAAGAGAUAAGGGUGUCAGAUGCAGUGACGGAGCUGGAGCUGGAUGGGUUGAUCCCUAACACAGAAUACACUGUCACUGUUUAUGCCAUGUUCGGCGAGGAGGCCAGUGAACCUGUUACAAACCAGGAAACCACAUUACCACUGAGUCCUCCCAGCAACCUCCAGUUUUCUGACAUUACCCACAACUCGGCCCACAUCAGCUGGGACCCCGCGCCUAGUGGAGUUAAUGGUUACCGCAUCAUGUGGGACAAGACAGACGGACUAGUCACAGACGAGGUGGAGGUUGGUUCAGUGAGUUCUUAUGACCUCGGUGAGCUGACAUCUCUGACGGAGUACUCAGUGGCAAUUUUUGCCCUGUACAACGAGGGCGAAUCAGAACCGCUCACCGAUGCGUUCACCACCACUCCAGUUCCUGGUCCUCUGAAUCUACGCUCCAGUGAGGUCAGCAUGGACAGCUUUAAGGUCAGCUGGGAUCACUCAGCCAGUGACAUAAUUCUCUACAGACUCUCCUGGACACCAUUCGAUGGUGGCGACACAAAAGAGGUGGUCUUGAGUGGAAGUGAUAACAGAUACACACUGACCGGCCUCAGUCCCUCCACUGAGUAUGAAGUUAUGCUGACGGCCAUAUUCAAAGACAAUUCUGAGAGCGACACAGUCUUUGUCACUCAAACCACAUUGCCCACACAGACAACAACAACUUCUACCAAAACCACAGCGGCACGUCAGGCUGUGAGAAACCUUCAACUGAGUGACGAGACCACCCAGAGCUUAGAGGCUUCGUGGGAGCUGGAAGACCCCAACGUGGAGAGCUACAGGGUCGCCUACACAAGCCUCAGCGGAGAUCACAAGGACUCUAUGUCAGUUUCUGGAGGUGAGAGGGGAGCAGUGCUCGAGCCUUUACAAUCAGACACCAGCUACAAAGUGACAGUCACUCCGGUGUACAGCGAUGGACAAGAUGGCCUCGGUACAUCUGCCAUGGGUUCCACAUUGCCGCUCUUGCCUCCUGAAAAUCUGCGCGUGUCAGAGGAGUGGUUCAAUCGCCUCAGGGUCUCGUGGGAUCCACCUCGGUCUCCUGUUGAGGGUUACAAGAUAGUCUACCAGCCCCUCUAUGUUCACGGUCCAGUAUUGGAGACAACAGUGGAUGAAGAUGUGAACUCCAUGCUUAUUGUCAAUCUACAAAGUGGGACAGAGUACAGUGUCCGAGUCAAGGCUUCCUACCCUGCAGGAGAAAGUGAGCCACAGCUAAUAAAUGCCAAGACAUUAUUCCUUGGUGUGUCUGGCUUGUCAGCCUACCAGGUGCGACCCAACAGCAUGUGUGUUCAGUGGCAGCCUCUUCUACAUGCUACAAUAUACAGAAUCUCUAUACAGUCCACACUCAAUGGUCAGAGACAGGAAGUGAGGCUGGGAGGUGGAGUUUCCCGACACUGCUUUUACGACCUCACUCCUAGUAGCCAAUACCAGAUCAGCAUUCAUGCGCAAAUACAAGAAACGGAGGGACCCUCUGUCUCCAUCACUGACAUGACACUUCCAGCACCCACUCAGCCGCCAACUGAACCACCCACUACGGAGCCCCCACCCACAAUCCCACCAGCCAAAGAGGUAUGUAAGGAGGCCAAGGCUGACCUGGCGUUCCUGGUCGACGGCUCCUGGUCCAUCGGAGACGACAACUUCAUGAAGAUUACACGUUUCCUCUACAGCACCAUGGGAUCGCUGGAUCUGAUUGGACAAGAUGGCACCCAGGUGGCCGUUGCUCAGUUCAGCGACGAUGCUCGGACCGAAUUCCAGCUGAGUUCUCAUAGCAACAAAGAAGCACUGCUGGAGGCUAUUCAGAGAAUCAGCUAUAAAGGAGGAAACACUAAGACAGGUAGAGCCAUCAAACAUGUGAAGGAGUCUAUUUUCACCUCAGAGGCGGGAGCCAGAAGGGGCGUUCCCAAAGUCCUGGUCGUUCUGACCGAUGGACGUUCACAAGACGAUGUCAACAAAGUGUCCAAGGAGAUGCAGGUGGAGGGCUACAUCAUCUUCGCAAUUGGUUUUGCGGACGCAGACUACGGCGAGCUGGUGAAUAUCGCCAGCAAACCCAGUGACAGACACGUCUUUUUUGUGGACGAUUUGGACGCUGUGAAGAAAAUAGAAGAGCAGCUCAUUACCUUUGUCUGUGAGGCUGCCACUGCCACUUGUCCGUCUGUUUUGAUGAGCGGUAACACGUUGGCAGGUUUCCGUAUGAUGGAGAAGUUUGGCCUGGUAGAGAAGGAGUAUAGCACCAUACCUGGAGUUUCUCUGGAGCCGGGUUCAUUCAACAGCUUCCCUUGCUACAGGUUGCACCGUGACGCCCUGGUGUCUCAGCCCACCAAGUAUCUUCACCCUGAGGGUUUACCAUCUGACUAUACUAUUUCUAUGAUGCUCCGCCUACUUCCCGAGACCCCACAGGAACCUUUUGCGUUGUGGGAAAUCCUCAACAAGGACAACGACCCGUUAGUUGGACUGAUUCUUGACAACUCUGGAAAGACACUGACGUUCUUUAACCAUGACUACAAAGGAGACUUCCAGACUGCUACCUUUGAAGAGGCAGCAAUCAAAAAAAUUUUCCAUGGCAGCUUCCACAAGCUCCAUGUAACCAUCAGCAAGAUGUAUGUGAAGGUGGUACUGGAUUGCUCAGUGGUUGGGGAGAAAUACAUUAAUGCAGCUGGUAACAUCACCACCGAUGGAAUGGAGGUCCUCGGAAGGACGGUUCGAUCCAGAGGUAGACAAGACAGUUCUGCUCCGUUCCAGCUCCAGAUGUUUGACAUUAUCUGCAGUACUUCCUGGGCCAGCAGAGAUAAGUGUUGUGAGCUGCCAGCAUUGAGAGUUGAAGAGCAGUGCCCUCCCAUGCCUCAUGCCUGUACCUGCUCUCAGGACAGUAAAGGACCUCCAGGACCAUCUGGGCCACCUGGUGGUCCAGGCACACGAGGAGCCAGAGGAGACAGAGGCGAGCCAGGAGUGACGGGACCUCAAGGGCCCGUAGGAGAAGUUGGCCCUUCUGGACUCCCAGGGCAACCUGGUCCUCAAGGACCCAGUGGACUCUCCAUUCAGGGGCCUCCGGGAGCUCCUGGGGAGAAAGGAGAGAGAGGAGAGAUCGGCCCUUCCGGACCAAUGGGAGUUCCCGGAAGUCCUGGCUCACCUGGUAGAGACGGUCCCCCAGGAUCAAGGGGUCUGCCAGGUAAUACUGGACCACAGGGACAACGAGGACCCCCAGGACCAGUUGGAGCACCAGGAGCACCAGGAGCUCCAGGACCAGGUGGGCCAACAGGGCCACAAGGGGAUCAAGGAGUUCCUGGUCCUGCUGGUACCAAAGGCGAUAAAGGAGAAAGAGGUGAUGUGCAGUCCCAGGCGGCUGUGCGAGCUAUUGCACGUCAAGUGUGUGAACAGCUCAUCCAGAGCCACUUGUCGCGUUACAACUCCAUCCUGAACCAGAUCCCCAUGCAGCCAGCGGUGUCAGUCCGAACAGUGCCUGGACCACCGGGAGAGCCGGGUAGGAGAGGCCCCCCGGGUCCUCAGGGAGAGCAAGGUCCACCCGGGAGGCCAGGCUUUCCCGGUACUAACGGCCAGAACGGGCAACCAGGCGAGAGGGGUCUGCCGGGAGAGAAGGGAGAAAGGGGGACUCCAGGGGUUGGGACUCAGGGGCCUCGAGGACCACCCGGACCUUCUGGUUUGCCAGGUGAAGGACGGACAGGUAGCCAGGGCCCACCUGGUCGACCUGGUAACCCAGGGACACCGGGGAGGCCCGGGAAUCCAGGUACCACAGGACCAGCUGGCCAGCCUGGAUACUGUGAUGCAAACUCCUGUUUGGGAUACAACGUGGGAGUUCAACAGGACUAUAGGAAUGACUACUGAGGAGCAUUCUUGAACCAAGCUCCUCUCCUCCACCUGUGCUCACCUCCUCCUGCGUCCUCUUUUAAAAAGAAAAGACUAGAAACUGAAGAAAUGUGAUAACUCCUGUUAUUCCCUAAAGGCUGCCAUAUUUCCUGGGAUGGAUAAGUCCUGACACUUUUGAAACUGUAGUCCCUGCAGCAGCGAUUAUCACAUUUUUCUUCUCUGGAGACCUUUUGUUUUGUUUUUUUUAGCUAUUUCUAAGAUUUUUGUUCUUUGGGGUUUUUUUAAAGGCACAUCAGUUUAAAAGCAAGGUGGUUUUCUCAUUUUACAAAUUGUUACGCCGUCGUUUGGUGCAAGUUUUUAGACAAACACACCAGAUUUUCAGACUUCAUGCACCCGUGAGUAAAAUUUCUUGAUAAGAACUGCUUCAUUAAACUAGUUAUUUUCCCGUGUCGAAGGAAAAAUACGAGCAACGUGACUCACUUUUCCACAAAAAAACUGCCACCGCUCGUCGUCAACAGGGCCACCUGUCGACAGAUACUCGUGUAUGCAAAGCUUUGCUGCUUCACCCUGCUUUAAACUCAGAUCUCAUAAAAGCUAAUCUCAUCUUUCAAAAGCCAGACAAAUCAGCUAAGUAGUGAUGGAUUGCUUUGAUGCUGAAUGGCUGCUUUCAUUACUGAACAUCCCAGCUAUCAGUGCAUCUCAGUUUCUGCAAGAUGGGCAGAAAAUUUCAGUUUUUACACUUGAUAUAAUGUGAUCAUUUUCAUUCCUGGAAAAAUAAUCAAAUCUGGGUGAUACUGGGGCAGAGAUUAGAUCCGUCUUCAGUUCCAUUAAACUACUUCCUUAUUAACCCAACCUUUUGGACUCUGUCCCGGGUCCUGAAUCUGCUUCUGCAGAGAAGUCAUUUCACCAUCAAAAAAGUAAGAAUUGUUGACUGGUUGAAAUGAUUUUAACCUGCUGUGAAGCUAUAUCUGAAUCUGUGCAUGUCUCACUUUCCCGCUGUGCUUCUUUUAUACCGCACUCUUGUGUUGGCCUUAACCUUGCUCCACGCUCUCCUGUAGUACUGGCUUUGUGUUUAUUGUGCUGAUGCAGAAACACUCCGACUGAUCCUAAAUAUUCCCACCACCCCAGUUCAAGCUUUGCCUCAUGGCUCCUACCAGCCCUACAGUCCU